AUGGUGACAUACUUUCAAUAUCUUAUUUCGCUGCUUGUGGGAAGUAAGUUAGCCACAGGCCAGCUCAUCUCAGCUGCAGAAACGCAAUCGACGGCAUGGAAUUCUAGCUUCGAGCUCAGCCACGAACAGAUCAAAUUAGCCAACCUCACCGGAGACAUGGAAACCAUCAUCAAUACCAUCAUCCAGUUUGACCGGUCUCAGCUCGCAAACGGCGGUGCACACGAGGAUGACUUUUACAACAUCCAGAACCUCCCCAAAGACCAAUGGCCCACGGAGCCUGGGAAAGCAAUCAGAGUUCAAGAGUUCACCGAUCCUUCACCAUUCUCCAUCCCCGCAAGGACCGCUAUGUCCCGCAUCGUCUAUAGUACGACCGAUAUAAACGGUACUCUGGUUCCCGCUUCCGCCUACAUCCUGUGGCCCUACCACCCCCGGGCUAUUCGCGGGAGAAACGAAGCCUCUGGGUCAUCUGCUCCUGUUGUCCUGUGGACCCACGGGACCUCUGGCUGGUACGCCAAUGGAGCUCCUUCGACGCAACGUGACCUGUUCUAUGCAGACAUUGUGCCAUUCGCGCUGGCCAAGGCCGGAUAUGCAGUCAUCGCCCCUGAUUAUGCCGGUCUUGGCGUGGACUCCUCUUGGGACGGAACUCACAUCCCACACCAGUAUUUUGUUCGCGAAGCCGGUGCUUAUGACGCUCUGAGCGCUCUCCGGGCCGCUCGUCAAUCCUUCUCCAAGCGUCUCUCCACCGAUUAUGUCGUCAUGGGCCAUAGUCAGGGUGGCGCAGUUGCUUGGGGUCUGUCUGAAAUCCUCGCUCGGAAUGAUUCCAGGUUCAAGGACGUUGCGAAGGGCUACCUUGGUGCUGUGUUUGCUGCGCCUCCAGCGGACGCAUUAGGGUCUGCGUUUUCCGGCUUCCUCGCCUGGAUUGCCAAAGAUCUUGAUCAGAUUUAUCCAUCUUUUAACCUCAGCGACUGGUUCACUCCGUUAGGAAUCAACAGAAUCAAGCUCCUUAACGAGGUCGAAGGGUCCCAGAUGGUUACGUUUGCCAUGUUUGGCCCUGAUGAGCUGCUCUUGAAGCCUGAUUGGAAUGUAACAUCCUACGCGAAAGACUUCGAAAAGCUAGCCAACCCUGGACACAUGCCUUUUAAUGGUCCUGUUCUUCUUGUCCACGGAACAGGUGACAUGACGGUGCCGUUCAACACGACCACGACUAUCGCCAAACAGACAUGCAACGAGUAUCCCGGGGAUUUAGAAGUCUUGGUUGUUCCGGAAGGAAGUCAUUUCUCUGCUAUGAGCGCGGCGCAGCAGAGCUGGUUACGGUGGAUCGAAGAUCGAUUUGAGCACCAACCUUUGACUAAGCAUGGCUGUGUUGAGUCCCGACUGGACAGCCUCUUGCCUCUGGAUCAUUACCAAGGACUUGGGAAUUCAUUCUUGCAGUGGGCUGGUGAACCUAAGUGGGCUUAUGAGUUGCCGACUGCUUUGUAG